CAUCACUAAAGCAAUCCAAUCAGAAGUUUCUGCACCCGAAAACCAAAGAAAAAAACAUGAAAAAUGGCCAAGAAUAAGUCGACGGUGUACCUGGGCUACGACGAUGAGGAGGUUACGGCCAAGCAGGAGCAGUUCCUAAACAGCUGCACCAACAAAAUCGGCGGCACCCCCGAUUGGCCCAGACACGAGGUGACCGUUCCGGCCUGCCCGCUGUGCGGCGUGGUGCGUCCUCUGAUUGUGCAGAUGUAUGCGCCCCUGGAUCGUUCCCAGUUUCAUCGCAGCCUGUACGUUUUCGGGUGCGUGAGCCCCGCCUGCUCGCAGAAUCCGAAGAGCUGGGUGUGCGUCCGCACACAGCAUCUGGAGAACCAGUUCGAGGUUAUCAGCGAGCAGUCGCCCAAGAAGCCGUCGCAGAAAAAGUCGAAGUCCAAGUCCAGCGGCCUGCAGGCGGUAAGCUGGUGCAGUGGAGCGGACGACUGGGGUGACAGCUUGGCCAGUGGUCUGGUGAAGACCGAAGACGAGGCUAUGGACAUUACCGCCGAUGACGACCAGAAUGAACGGAAUGGCAACGUGCGACCCAAUGUCCUGCAGUACGCUAAGGGCGAUAUACAACUGGAUGAGCCAGCCAAAGUCGAUCUGGGAAAGAUUAGCGGUGGAGGUGGCGGGGAUGAUGACGACGACGAGGACGAGAGCACCUCGGUAGAGAACGAUCUGGUCUCAGGGUUUCAUCAAAUGGCCAUGAUUUCACCGCAGAAUGCCGACGACGAUCCCAAUGCAAACUGUGCAGCAGCCGCCGCUCCAAGCGUGGAUGGUGCCGGGGCCAGUGCCGCUUCCGCUGUUAUUUGUGCCGAGAUCGAGGGCCCAGAAACGGAUGUGGUGCUGGUCGACACCCCCAAGAAGCCGGAACGCGACCUGAUUGCCUUGUUGAAGCACACUUCGCAGCCAUUGUCGCAGACCAAGGACCUUACAUUAAAGUCCUACUACAUCGCCGUGGAUGUAGAGAGCAAGACCCGGGUGGAGGAGUACGAGAACUAUGGUGGCUCGCUGUCCAUGGACCACAUACGUGAUCUGUAUCAGGAGUAUAAGCUCAGGGACGAGGGUGCGGCCCAUUCGCCCACGGCACUGGCCGCGGGAUCCGCUGUAGAGGUUGGGGACGAGCAUGAAGCGUACGAAAAGGCGCUGCCCGCACACGGCGACAUAUUGUUUCACAACUUUAUCACCACCAUCCAGCAGAAUCCAGGUCAAGUCUUAAGGUACUCCCGAGAUGCUCUUCCGCUGCUAGUGGCACCGCUAGCGGAACCGUUGCCCAAGUGCCAGAAUUGCAGGGGAGAGACGAUCUGCGAGGUGCAGCUGCUGCCCACACUCAUUCCCAAGCUGCGUUUCCAGCUUAACGGCUGCAAUGCCCCGAUCGAAUAUGGCAACGUGCUGGUCUUCACCUGCCUUAAGAGUUGCUGGGACACGCCUGACCUGAUGCGCUACGAGCACGUGGUGGUGCAGUCCGAGUCCUAAAGGAACCCCAAAUCGCUGUAGCUGCUAUAGUUGCAGACUCUUGCAACGAAUUUUAACCGUAAACUGCGGAGGAAAAGCUAAGCUUCUCGAUAUUGUCCUAGGAAGAUUUUACGCUCUAGUUGUUAAGAACGUUGUACGCUUUUAGACACGCCACUCCAUGAGGAUAGUUGCUAAUAAUAUCUCGUUAUUUCCUCUCCCCCUCUAAAAGGGUUUCAA